AUGUCGACAAUCAUCAUCACGCCCGCUCAAUUCCCUCGCGAUCGAGAGGUCGUGGCUACCUUAUUCGCAGCGUAUGCGGAGUCAUUGAACAUCGACCUGUCUUUUCAGAGCUUUGCCGACGAGCUCUCGCGGCUGCCAGGAAAGUAUGCAGCCGAGAAAGGUGGCACAUUAUUCCUCGCCCAUGGAUCCAACACUUCACCUGCCAAUAUCAUUGGGUGUGUCGCCGUGCGCGCUUUCUCGUCACCAAAGACCUGCGAGCUGAAGCGCCUGUACAUUGUACCGGAAGCUCGAGGCAUGGGUGCUGCGCAGCGUCUUAUGGACGCAGCGAUUGAGAAAGCGCGGGAGUUGAAUUACGACUAUAUGCUGCUGGACACACUCGCAAGCAUGACGGCGGCACGAAAGCUGUACGUGCGAUAUGGCUUUGAAGAAGUGGACAAGUAUUACGACAAUCCAAUCGAAGGCACCGUGUUCAUGAGGGCUGCGCUGAAGGACGUGCAUUCCGAAAGCGCCACUUUGAGUAGCGCGUGA